AUUAUUUAGGAGUUUGCAACAUCAAAAGUUCGAAGCAAGGCAAUCGAUCAACAGGGCUCAGUCACUCAAUACUAUGCUUAGUACUUUUUUAAAUAUCUAUUGGAGAAGUCUGGCUGGGAGAAUGGUACUUAGACUAAUUCUAGGCUAACUUUGUCAAUCCAAGAACACGUGCAGUACUGGUUUUUAUAAAUCGGGGUAUUAUUUUUUGGGUACACUUGCAAAAUGUAUCAAUUCAGGAAGAAAUUCAGACGCUCAAAUGACUUCUUUUACAAUAACGUGGAGAGGAAAGGAAACACCCAAAAAGAUGAUGCGAAUAGCAGUGUGUCAUAUGAAUCUCAAUUUUUUGAACAAGAAAAUGAAUUUGGGGAUUUAAAUGAACAAAGUGAAGAUAUUGCUGAAAAUUAUGACAAGCACCAAGAGUUAACCACCAAAACACAGAGUCAUUUGUCACCCACUGGCCACUAUACUGGGCUAUUGUUACAGUUUGACUUUGCAUCAAAUGUAUCACGUCAGCAAUCCUUUGUUGUUCAUGAUUAUAAUGCAAACAAAAGAACAAUUAUGCAUAAUUCAUUUGUAUUUGUUCAUCGAUAUCCCCACCUAUUGCUUGAUGGCUACGGUUGGAUAUUGUGCUGCUCAUGUGAUGCAAAUAGAAAGCAAUUUGUUGAAGCCCUACCUAAUAAUAUACAAUUAGAUCCUCAAAAAGAUAUACCAUAUCCCAGUUGCAUACACAUAUUAGCAAUGGAAAAAUAUCUGGUUGUGUAUGAUAGAAAGUUUGGUAUUGAAGCCAAAGAUUUUAUUGAAAAAAAAUCCACAUCCAUGAUGCAGUCUGUUUUCAGUGAUCAUUCCUACCAUGAGAUGCAACCUGAAGAAGACUUGUUUAGUGCAGUGUGCAGGGAGGUUCAGUGGAUUGCUGUAAAACCAGUGAAUAGUCCAUGGGGGGUUUGUACUUUUGUGUAUUCAAAAGUAACGCCGCCCCAGCCCGAGUUAAAAUGUUGCAGCUGUUCGUCAUAUCAUUGCAUUCAUGUGACAACCCUUGCAAAAGCCAUGCAAAUCGUUGAAGAGGAUGAAAUGGAUUCUCCAUUGGCACUUUUUAAGUGUUCCUUUGGAAUUACACCAGAGAUGCGAGACUAUUUUGAAUUGGCUACACUUAGCAAAGAAAAGGUUUCUUUAUUUGAAACAGGCAAUGAGAAUGAUGCAAGCGAUUUUACUGAUCUUCCUGAAAAAAAUGGUCAUAAAAUUUUGGCGCCAUCUGAAAGUGGUAUUUGUUUUGUGGUGCAGAGUGGGAUAAACGUUCUAUUCAAGAUGAAUGGUUGUACGUAGACGUGUGUUCAGUUGCGUACUUUUAUUCAAUCCAUGAUGUGAAGGUGUAUUGUAGACCUUGCUCCUCUUGUGCUACGAAAAAGCAUUAUGAUGGCAUUGAAAACAGGAUUGUAUGGUUUGGAUCAUAUGCAAUAUCUCAUGCCGUUCUAAAAGAUUACAUUCGGCUUUUCAU